AUGGACUGGAAGUUUCUGGGGUCAGGGCCUCCCUUCAGAGACAUGCUAGUGUUAUACCUGCCAGAGGAUUCAGUCUUCGAUAUUGAGGCUAUGAACAAAGUAAAGCCAAUAGAGAUGGACCGCAACUACUUGUUCAAGAUUGAAGUUUCUGCCGCAAUUACCCCAGAUCCGUAUGCCUAG